CACUCUCGUGUCGUCUCUUCCAUGUGCAUCUCGGUCACAUGACCUUACUUUCUCCUGCCAAACUUGUUUGAAACAUGUUCGGGGUGUGUGGUCCCGUUGUUGUAGCUUUUCCAAGGUGCCGCGCGGAGAGGAACUGAAUAUUAGGACUAAUCAGUGACUUGACUCCUACUAGGUCGACCUGGCCAGGAUGCGAGGAGUCUACGUGAGCGCUGUGCUGCUCCUCAACUGCGCCGCAGGAGAUAUCCUCCGAGGCGUGGACGUGCCCCUGUACGCCUUCGCAGGAGGUCAGGCCACCCUGAGCUGCUCGUACGACCUGCGGGCGACGCGCCUCUACUCGCUCAAGUGGUACCACAACGGCACCGAGUUCUACAGAUACGUGCCCACGGAGCGCAACCAUCCGACGUACAUCAAGCCUACGUUCAAGUUUUCUGUCACGGCCACUUAUAAUUGUGAAAUCAUUAAGUCCACGGCAAUUGUUCAGUUUAACGAUGCAAUAUUGAUUCCUGCUAUCAAAACACAGGAGUCUGAAUAUCAGAAGAUGGCGUUUCGCCCACAUGAUUACCAAAAUGAGCUACUCAAUCGUUGCCCUUCUUUGCGUCAAAAUCUAUUGCUAAAAAGAAUCAUCAAAGUUUACGGCUAA